AUGGCUAACGAAGUAAAAUCGUUUCUUUCAUCUCCUAUAUCUUUAGAGGCGAUAGAACCAGUCAAGAAAAGAGCUAAAAGAAAGGAGCGUCCCUCAAAAUGUAUUUUAUCAAAAUCAAUCUACGAAGAAACCGACCUUUCAAAGCUUACACCUAGGCAGAGAGUGCUUCAUCAAAGGUACCAGGAAAGCAAGGAUAAUGUAACAAGUUUCUUCCUUCUGUCAAACAACAUUUCUAUACAAAAGCAUUCAGAUGAUAAACCAAAGGAAGAUGAAAAGGAGAAUGUCUCCAAUGGCGAAUUCCCUCGGGAAAACACAAAUGGGCCAAACUGUAGAGAAUACAAGGUUGACGCACAGAAUGAAAACAGAUUUCUGGUUGUAACUAGCGAUCUAUAUAGCAGCUCAUGCGAUGGAACCAGGGAAGAAUCUAUAUCGUCCGAAGAUGACGGUAAGAUAAUAGAGGCAAUGGAUGUAGAGUCUCCAUUCGAUAACGAACUACAUGAAAAUGCCAUAUACAAAGGUUGUCUAAUUUGUAAAGAAUGCUUUAGAGAUGCGGUAAGGAUAUACUGUACCUUAGAAAAGAUAAGUAGCAUGCACAAGUGUAGCUAUCAAAAUUCGAUAAUUCUCCAUAAGUACAAAAUACGCCAGAACUUCAAAAAACAGCUAUGCUUCAGUGCCAUCAGAAAGGAAGAGGUCAUGUUUGUAAAAGCGUUGGGGCAGCUUAGAUGCUGUAAUUCCAAAGCCUAA